AUGGCUCAUAUGUUUUUUGUUUUGAUAUAGCAAUCAGAUGUUUUUAUGCAGUAAAAAAUAGACAAAGUUCAUGGCCCAUUCGUUAGAUAUCUCGAAAUGAGUAGCAUUUUUUUCAUCCGCCCAAACAGAAUUCUACACACUUACAAAGCCUGUAGAAAUUCGAAGCUUGCACGUCUCCUCCAUUCUUCAGAAAAAAUAAUUCCUAUCCGCAAUUCGAAAUCCCUACGUUUUCGCUCUUACUUUGGAAUCGGCUUACUUGGAGUGUUUACAGGUUUUGUUGCGUAUGAUGGAGUUGUCAAUGAAUUUAUCUACUGUGGGGCCACAGUACGUUUUCUACGGUCACUUAAAACUGCUUUGAUGAUUGCAGUCGACUAUUUUCAGCUUGAGCAGCAUAAAAGUGAGCCUGACUUUGAGUCACAACUAAAAAAUAUACAUUUAAAGAGCGCUAAGCGUUUACUUGAGACGUGUUUGCUAAAUGGCGGUCUGUACAUUAAAAUGGGCCAAGGUGUCGCAGCUAUUAACCACAUUCUGCCGAAAGAAUACACAAGCACAUUGGAACAACUGCAAGACAAAUGCUUGCCUACCACAAAAGCCGAUGUGCAACGAGUUUUCUGGGAAGAUUUUGGUAAAAGCCCGGAAAGUAUUUACGAUGAAUUCGAUUACAAACCAAAAGCGGCGGCGAGUUUGGCACAAGUAUUUAAAGCCAAGUUGAAAAGUGGCGAGGAAGUAGCGGUGAAGGUGCAAUAUGGUGACUUGCAAAAACGUUUUACCAGUGACUUGGGAACCAUUAUGUUUCUACAAGAUGUCAUUGAAAUAUUUUUCAAAAACUACAAUUUUGGCUGGAUAUUACACGACUUGCGCCAAAACUUAGUGCAGGAACUAAAUUUCGAGAAUGAGGGACAAAAUGCCGAACGUUGCGCCAAGGAUCUUAAGAAAUUCAAAUAUGUGCACGUGCCACAUAUUUUCUGGGAAUGCACAAAACCGCGCGUACUAACCAUGGAAUGGGUUGAUGGAUUCAAAGUGAGUGAUGUUGAACGAAUACAACGCGAAAAACUCGAUUUAAAAGAUGUGGAUUUAAAGCUAUUCAAUAUGUUUGCGGAACAAAUAUUCCAUACAGGCUUUGUACAUGCUGACCCACAUCCAGGAAAUGUAUAUGUGCGCAAAAAUGCGAAAUCAGGACAAGCUGAACUGGUGCUAUUAGAUCACGGCCUAUACGAGUUCCUACCAGAAUCCGUGCGUUUGCCCCUCUGUGAGUUCUGGGAGGCGACGGUGUUGAGGGACGAAACAAAAAUGAAAUCGUCUGCUCAGCGAAUUGGCAUAGAGGAUCACAUGAAAUUUGCAGAAGUGCUGUUUCAACAGCCCAUACGCAUACAUGGCGGACGUAUUAAGACAAGGCUGAGUGAAAGUGAUAUCGAGUACAUUCAACAGGUGGCUAAGAAAAAUUUUGAACUAAUAAUGAGCACAUUAAAGGAAAUGCCGCGUAAUAUGCUUUUCGUUGUGAGGAACUUAAAUACAGUGCGGGCCAUUGGCCGUCAGCAUGGCGAUGUAGUGGAUAGACCGCGCACAAUGGCCCGAUAUGCACAACAUUGCAUUUACAGCAAAUACAAUUCAAUCCGCAGUUACAUAUUCUGGUUUUAUAGGCGUUUAAUAUUUGAAUAUAACCUUUGGUCCUCCUCAUUACGAUUAUCGUGCUUAGAGUUGUACCUGAACAUUUUAUACAAAUUAAAUCGCGCACCUGAAUCAGCACGCACGUUGCUAAGUGAUAUAGCAAAACAGGAUUACAAUUAAUAUAAAAUAAAUUAUAUACAUAUAUAUUGUUUUUUGUUACAGUGUUAGUGUACAUACCAUAUGUAAAAAGUUUAAUAAUAGUUGGGAUUUUUAGCUAAAUACGAAUAUAAGGUGAUUUAAUGCAAAGUAAACUAACAUCAUUUUUAUAAAAACAACAAUAUUUGACUAAGGUUUAUUUAUUUAGGACAUAAAAAUGUUAAUAAGAUCCUUAAGAAUUGAAUUUUUUAAUGUGUUAAUGUUUUUUAAUGUGUUUUGUUGAAAAAAUAUUUAUUUAAGGCCAAUACUC